AUGUCCACCUCACUGCCACCCUCUAUCUUCCGCCUCACUGCCACCUUCGCCUCCGCUGUUCUCUUCCUCCUCCUCCACGCUGCCACAACAGUCUCCGCCACCGACCACAUUGUCGGCGCAAACAAGGGUUGGAACCCCGGCAUCAAUUACACUCUAUGGGCCAACAACCACACCUUCUAUGUUGGUGACCUCAUAUCAUUUAGGUACCUGAAGACACAGUACAACGUCUUUGAAGUGAACCAAACAGGGUAUGAUAAUUGUACAACAGAAGGUGCAGUGGGGAAUUGGACAAGUGGAAAGGACUUCAUUCCUCUCAAUAAGGCUCAGAGGUACUACUUUAUUUGUGGGACUGGUGGCUGCUUUAAUGGGAUGAAGGUUUCUGUUCUUGUUCACCCUCUGCCGUCUCCGCCGCGCUCGUCUUUGGCUGCCGGGCAUUCAUCCAAGGCGUCGGCCUCCUCCACCGUGUACGGUGGUGGACUGAAGGUUAUAGGGGCUGUUUUAGGCGGGUUUGUGGUGGCAAUUUGGUGUGGAUCUGGGUGGAUCUAG